GUUGCUAUAGUUACACGGCACAAAGGGACGGGGAUUCAUGAACAAUUUAACUACACUUCACGCUACCGGAUUAACAAUGUAGCUGUCUAUUUUUGUUUUGUUUUGUUUUUUAAUCACUUUAAAAACUCCUAUAAGUGGAGUAAUGCCUCUCAUGAAGAAACCCCGGAAAACUGAGCCACUUAUAAAAGUAGUAGAUAAAAAGGCUCAGAAGAAUGGACUCCGCCACACCAUCUACAGCACAAACGGAGACCAGUACACCGGAGAGUGGCGGGAUAACAUGCGACACGGAGAUGGAACACAAGUAUGGAAGAGAGCUGGAGCUGUGUAUGAAGGUGAAUGGAAACAGAAUGUGCGUGAUGGCUAUGGGGUGCUGAGCAAAUUGCGGCCAUCAAUGAAUGAAUAUGUAAAAGUUUAUUCAGGAACAUGGAGAAAUGGUAAGAAAGAGGGCUUUGGGACAUAUUUCUACAGCUCAUCAGCACGAUAUGAGGGGGAAUGGGUGGAGAAUAAGAGGAGCGGAUGGGGGAGGAUGAAUUAUGAGAAUGGAGAGGUGUAUGAAGGAGAGUGGCUGAAGGAUAAACGCCAUGGUCAGGGUGUGCUGUGGCUUGUGAAUGAAAACAGGUAUGAGGGCAGCUGGAAGGAAGGGAAGAAACAUGGACAUGGAUGCUUCUUCUACGCCAACAGGGGUCAGCUAUAUGAGGGCUUCUGGGUAGACGAUGUCCCGAGGUGCGGGACAGUGUGUGAUUAUGACUGGAAGCAUGCACACACACCACCGCUGUACCCGAUCCCCCCGGUGAUGCUGCAGGAUGUUCAGUCAGUACUGGUGGAGGGACGCGGCCGUUUCUGUGCCAGCAGAGAGGAUUAAAAAAAAAUCAACUGAUGAAUCCUGCUGUCUGUCUGUCUGUCUGUGCAAAUUCCACACUAUCAAAUCUGAUGUGUGCAGUUUGGCAUGUGUUUCAGCCAUGAGAACUGGACCAUGCUUCUUUACAUGUUCAUAUAUUUGUCUGAGAGUUAUUACACCAAUAACGGACCGUUUGUGUGCCUCAAAAUGUAGCUUCUGUAAAUUUAGCAAAUGUCACAUUGGCAGAUUUAAUACCUAACAUUUGCUAAAUUUACAGUCGCUACAUUUUCAUGGACACAAAUGGUCCGUUAGUAGGGUAGUGACUAAAUUCAUCAAACGUUUUAAUACAAGACAAAGAAGGAACUGUAAUUUUGCAUGACACAAGAACAGGAAAUCACGGAUAUGGUUUGUGCGCCUAAUAAAGUGGACGGUGAGCGUGUAUAUAUAUUAA